AUGGCGGAGCAGUGGCGGGACGUGUGUGGGGUGCGCAUCGCCCCGGCCGAGCUGCGCUUCAGCAACGCGGCCCCGGGGAACCACUACCGCGCCUCGCUCACCGUGCAGAACCUGCGGGCSGGCACCUGCCGCCUGCAGCUGCUGCCGCCGAACCGGCCCCAGUUUAAAUUGAUUGUGAAAAAUCCAGAAAAACCUGUUGCAUCUGGACUUCAAAUUAAAGCUAYUGUGGAAUAUUCUCCUGACCGUGCAGAAGAUCUUCAAGACAAACUCGUUCUUUUAGUAGACGAUGACARAGUUCAUAUCCCCCUGCUUGGAUUAAUUCCAUACUCUUAUCUGGAAAUAGAAUCAAAGUUUGAUUUUGGUGAAAUGAUUGCAAACAACAAAACAGUUACUAAAAAGAUUAGUAUUGCUAACCAUGGAUCAGYUGCAGGUGGAUUUCGUAUAGUAUAUGGUGGGGUUGUCCUGCUUAACAUAAGACCUGCCAGAGGAGUGGUAAAAGCAAAAUCUGUAAGGACAAUUGAAGUGGAUAUCUGCACAGAUACACCUGGAGUCAUCAAUGAAAUGAUGAAAGUGGAGUUGGAUGAUCGUGGCUUCACUGAAGUAUGGAUCAGAGGUGUAGUGGUUGAACAAGAUCUCAAAGUUAUUGGAGUGUCUUGCGGAAAAGUACUGAAAUGCAUUAACUUUGGACGUCUUUACUUUGGGACUUCAAAGACUGAAAAAAUAUAUUUAUACAAUGAAAGCCCUGAAUGUAUGGAUUGGGUAGCAGUCCUGGAAGACAAUGCCAUUGGAGGAGAGUUGGGGACAGAUCUUCAGAAGAGUACAGAUGCUGUUUUACAAGACUUAAGCCUGAAAACUAAAGAUGUAGAUGUUUCCACCUUGAUCUUGUGCAUUCCCGAUCAAGGAACUUUGCUGCCUUAUGAAAAAUCUAUGGUUACACUGUGCUUUAGUCCAGAAAAAUUUAAAAGAGACUUUGAAACGAAUGACUCAUCACUGAUUCAAGAUUAUGUCCUGUUUCUGAGAUUUGAAACUGCUGGGAUGAGAGGUGGYGGUCUACCGACCCUCAGUGAUGGUACCACAGCAACCACAAGGAGUCAUUCUCGUCAUGUGGACUUAGCUUUGAUGGGCUCUGGGUAUCCUGUGACGUUAUCUUUUAAGCCAGGAGAAGUAAUUAAUUUUAAGGACUGUUAUUUGGGUGAACAAACACAAGUUUURUGUACAAUAAAAAAUGAAUCCAAGUUCCUCCCUGUAACAUUCAGCUUCCGCAGGACUGCUCACUUCAAUAUUUCUCCUGAAACAGGAAAACUUAAAAAAAAAUCUGAAAAGGAAGUGAAGAUUUCAUUUACUCCACGUCAAAUAGGAAAAUUUGAGAUGAAGCAAAUUAUUGAUAUAAUUGGUAACGGAGUAGAUAAAAAUAAUGUAGAUGUUUUGAAGACAAAAGCCUUUCAUCAGUUAUAUUUGACUUUUCUUGGUGUGUGCAAAUCGAAAACAAAAAGUGUCGUAUUCACAGUUAAUCCUGGUCUAACACCCUUGAUUUCCAAUGCAACUGGACAGUUUGUUGCUCGGGACACAGGACAGCUCAGUGAUACAGCGCCUGUGGCAAUCCUGAAAUCAACACAAACACAAAUUCAUGCUCACCGKGAAAACAGGGAUUGUAAGGAUGAUGCACUUAUAGCUUUUCCUAAUGAUCGUGCAGCCAGCCUUAGACCCAGUGAAUGGAAUAAAAAGUACAGGACUAUUUUCACAAAGACUGAGAGAUAUAAUUACAUAGACCCAGACUUUGCUUAUACUGUCUCUGAACGACUAUUUAGAGAAGAAAAUAGGAAAUACUACAUCGACUUCAUUGAAAAUUUAAGACGGCRUCGUUUAGACAAAGAAGCUACUAGGCAGUUUUAUAUUUAUAACAAUCCUGUGAGCAUAGGCCUUAAACCUGCUGAUGGUCUUGAGUCACCAAACAUUUCAAUCACAGAUAUUCCCAAGGACAAGAAACAGCACAAAAUGCUUCCUUUAGAUGACAAGAGCCUGUUAACUGGUCGAAAAUUAGCAGCAAUUGUUUCUAAAUCUACAAACAAUGGAGUUUGGAGCUGGCUUAAUCCUAUGCCMUCUUCUAACCAGGAGAAGGAAGAUUGUCGUCUACCUUUGACMCACAAGCAGCUUCAUCAAAUAUUCAUUGGUCCUCCUGCUAUAGAUUUUGGUGAUGUUUGUGUGUAUUCUACAACAACCAGAGAGCUGCACAUCAUCAAUAACUUGUCAUUUCACAUAUGGAUACAAAUUGACAUUGAAUUUAUGGAAUUGCGGGAGACAUCCCCAUUGUCUCAGGUGGUGCCUCCUUUUACAAAAACUCAUAUUCCGGUUGUAUUUGAAGCAACGACUGUUGGAAUGUUUAAAAGAUCUUUCAGUUACAAAAUAAACAACCAACAUGCUGGGCAUGUGCUGGUAGUUGCRAAUGCACUGCCUGUUGAACUUGAGCUGUCUAAAAGGGAAUUGAUUUUGAUUCCUAUUGCUGGCAGCCUAGCAGGGACAGAAUUUAGAAGAACUGUCAAGGUAUUAAAUCGCAGAAACCAUCCAGCUGCCUUUAUUUGGAGACCUUUAACUCCAGAACGAAAACCUUCAUUUUCUAUAAGGCCAACCAGAGGGUUUGUGGAGGCCUACAGUGAUCUGGAGUGUGAAGUUAUUUGGCAUCCAGGGUUCCACACUCCAGAAACAGGAGAAUUCCUCUUGUAUGUGCGCAAAGGAAAGUCAAUAAAGUUGAAAUGUGUUGCAAAGCUUGGUGCUUCUAGAGUCCAGUUUAUCACUUCAACUGUAUCCUUUGUUCAUAGUCCAGUGGGUUUGACUACUUGUAAGACAGCCACUAUUCAGAACACAGGACACAAYCAUGCAUACUUCAAAGUUCUUGAUCUAAACCCACUGCCUGGAAUGAAAAUCACYCCCUGUGAAGGAGUGAUACCUGUGGGAGGCCUUGCUGAUCUCAAAAUCUCCUUCACACCAACAGCAUACUUGAAUUUUGAUAAAAAAGUGGAGGURGCAGUACGGAAUGCAAGAGAACUUGUGUUUAGGAUUGCUGGAUUUGUAGAGAACCCUGAUAUAAACAUUGAUGUGGAACUAUUUGAAUUUGAAGGCAUUUAUAUUGGCUCUACAAAAUCAAUUCCAUUUUUGCUGAAGAACCAAGGACAAUCAUGUACCAGAGUGGAGUUUGAUUUUUCUAAGUAUAGGGAUUUCAAAUUGACUAUUCGUGACAAAUCAGUGAUUGAAUAUCCUCCUUCAAAGCCUCAUUUCUAUUCAAUUGACUUAAAGGAAAGGUCAUCUUUGCAAUGUUUCUUGGUCUUCUCACCAAAUCAGGUGGCAGUAUAUGACUUYGUUCUUCCAAUGGUUAUUCCCCGGGUCAGUUCUGCACCUGCAGCUCCUCCUGUGCCUCCGAAACGCAGCAGCGAUCCUGAGCCACCCUCAUCCACUAUGGGUUUUCCAUUCUGUAGGGUCAGAGCAAUUGCACUUGGAUUACUAUUGGAGUUCUCUGCAAUGGAACUUAAAUUUGAACAACAUUCAAGUAACAUGAGUUUCAAUGUUGCUGAUCGGAAUGUGGAAUCUCAGAACUUUGUYGUGAAGAAUGUCUCAGUACAGGAUGUGGGAUGGAAAUUGAGUUUUGAUGAUGAAGACAAAAAUAUAGAAGAUGGUAUUUUCAAAUUUGAUCUGAAGGCUGGACGUCUUCCUAGAGGACAAAAAAUCAAGAUUAMUGUGUUUUUCUGCCCUCCUUCUCCAGGGACAUAUACAUCUGAAAUAUUCUUGUGUCUAAAAAAAGAACCAUCACAAUACUGCCUAAGAGUGUGUGGGACUGUGAAGGCACCAAAAAUCGAGUUUCAUCCCCCUUUUUUAAUGCUGAUGCCAGUUCCUCUGGGUGUGGAAACUGAAGGAACCAUCACUAUCAUUCCACAAGAUUUUAUAAGGCCAUCACGACUUCGACUUCAGCUUCCUGAUUUUGAAUUUGGAGAUGGUACCAGGAUUUACCCUUUUUCUGUGCAGUUCCUUAAGGGACAAGAUAUUGUUCUUUCAUCAGAUGGCACAGCAAAUGAACUGAUUCUCCACAUCAGCUUCAGAUCAUAUAAGCCAAUGUCACUUUUAGGGAAUAUAUUCCUCAUCGAUGAAGAAGAAAACGG